CCGUCUUAGCCGGACGAUGUUUAUUGUACUUAAUUGUGGUUCUUUUAUGGGAUUUGAGGACGGGAAUAGUUGUAGGAUUACAUUACGUGACUAGAGAUGAGUAGAGAAAAGAGCCGGUCUCGGUGCAAGACAUGGAAGUGGCAAUACCUUUAGAAUCAUCAACUGUUAUGUAUCGUUACACGGACUUGGAGGACCCCCAUCCUUCUGGAGCAUGAACGGACAAGACGGAAACAGGGGUGCACUAGUUAGUUGGUUAUCGUCAGAAAGUUGGUGUGUGCACCCUCUAGUUGGCUUCACAUCGUGGGGCAAAGCUGAGGGUGUUGUUGUUUGGUCCUGGUCCUGGUCCUGGUCCUGGUCUGUAGGUGAGAAAGAUAGAAAAUGGCUCACUCUGUUUAGUUUCGUGGAGCAUCAGCAUCAAAAGGCAAGGCAGGCACAUCGUGGAGAACGAGAUGACGAGAUACGUAUCUUCAAUCGCGAAAGGUAUAUUAGGCCACCUCGACCUCUUUCUCUGAACCUCCCUACCUCUCUGUACUCUAUCACUCUUCCACUGUCCAUCUCCUUCACUUACACACAAAAAAAACCAAACACCACCACAAUCAUCACAAUGUCUGACUCCGUCACUCCCCAGACCCCUUCCCACUUCGGUGAGAACAAGGGCAUCAAGUUCACCUUCAAGACUGGCAACGCCCGUUACCAAUGUGUUCUCCAGGACCGCGCUCACUACGAGCGCACCAAGGCUUCUCGCCAGAACUCUACCGACUCUGUCUCCUCAAACGAGUCUAUCAAGACUGAGAAGUCUUCCCACUAAGCGUGUAUGGGAUAAUGGCACCUUGAUAUACCGGUGACCAGAACAAACAAUCAAAAUGGGGGGAGUUUAUUAUACCACAAUCAUCUGGCAUUAUUAGCGACGGUUAUACACAGGGACAUUUGGCGUCUCCAUGAAUCAAACAAUCUAUUUGCUGUUACUCUAC